CGCGCCGGGCCGGGCCGGGCCAUGCGCUGAGGCCGCCGCGCAGCCCGCAGCCAAGGGCGGAUCCCGGGCAGGACACGCGGCGGCAGCUUCUCCGGGGCAAGAUGCCGGAGCAGAGCAACGACUACCGGGUGGUGGUGUUCGGCGCCGGCGGCGUGGGCAAGAGCUCGCUGGUGCUGCGCUUCGUGAAGGGGACGUUCCGGGACACCUACAUCCCCACCAUCGAGGACACCUACCGCCAGGUGAUCAGCUGCGACAAGAGCGUCUGCACCCUGCAGAUCACCGACACCACGGGCAGCCACCAGUUCCCGGCCAUGCAGCGCCUGUCCAUCUCCAAGGGCCAUGCCUUCAUCCUGGUCUUCUCCGUCACCAGCAAGCAGUCCCUGGAGGAGCUGAAGCCCAUCUACCAGCAGAUCGUGCAGAUCAAGGGCAGCGUGGAGAGCAUCCCCAUCAUGCUGGUGGGCAACAAGUGCGACGAGACCCAGCGGGAGGUGGAGAGCAGAGAGGGAGAGGCCGUGGCCAAGGAGUGGAAGUGCGCCUUCAUGGAGACCUCGGCCAAGAUGAACUACAACGUCAAGGAGCUCUUCCAGGAGCUGCUGAACCUGGAGAAGAGGAGGAACGUCAGCCUCACCAUCGACGGCAAGCGCUCCAGCAAGCAGAAGAGGACAGACAAAAUCAAGGGGAAGUGCAGCAUCAUGUAGAGCCCCGGACUGGCCCGCGCGCCCCCCCCGUCUCCCUUCCCUCCCCCCCCCCCACGGCCAGACAUCGGCGUCGCAGCGGGGCCGUCUCCUCGCCCUCCCCGCGCUCGCCGUGGCCGUGCGGGGAGGCUGCGGCAGGUUGGCGGCCCCAGGUUUGGGGGGCGAUGGCGGGGCUGGGCCAUGGACCCGUGGGGACAUGGACGGGGACACGAGGCCGGGCACACGUCCACACACCGCAGCACGACCGGACACUGGCACAUGGGGACGGGGGCGGCGCGUGGGGACCCCACCGGGAGCAGAGCCCGGGGCCACGGACCAGGUCCCGGCCCCCCCAGCCCACCUCGGUCCCCAUGCAUGGGAAGGAUGGUGCCAGGCAGAGGAGGCGGUGUCACCCCCCAGGUGACAGUCACGCAACUCCCAGGCUCUCCCCGUGCCCCUUGCUGUGCUCUUCCCUGGGCAGGAGCCCCCCCCGCUGCGCCCCGCUGCCCGCAGAGCCCCCCGCCCCAUCCCCCGCGCCGGCCCCCCCCCCCCCCCCCGCAGCCCGGAGCCGCCAGCCCAAGCACAAAGCAUCGGGUCCGACCGAGGUCCUGACCCAGCACAAUCCUGGCGAGCUCGGAUGCAGAGCCCCCCCCCCAGCACCCCCACCGGCUGUGAUGCGGUCGGGGUCCCCCCCUCUC